AUGCCUGCUAAUAAAGUCCUCAAUAAAAUAUCUUCAUCGUCAAUCACGACUAUCAUAUUAUUCAAUUUCCUAUUCAUUUUAAGCGUAACUCAAUCAGAUGCCCACCUAUUUAAAAAUGAUGAUAUGUGCAACGCGACACGAGAAGUAUUAUGUGUCAGAGAUGUCUUUGCGAUUAUGAAUAAAACAAUAGAAAGUAUUUCUCGAGCGGCAAUUAAAACUGAAAAACUUAUUUUUGUUCGAAACCGAAAAAUUUAUGAUACAUUUAAGCGAUAUGUUAAUUUCGAAAUAGAUUUCAUUGAUUCACGUUUGCCUAACGACAAGUAUCAUGUGAACUUCUCUAAAACUAGUAAUGAUAUUCACAGAGGAGAUUUAAUUGAUUUAUUGUUGGAAGGACAUGAUGCAAUGAGCUUUUAUUACAAUUCAAUCAAUCGUAUAUUACAUAUGAAUAACGUAUUUUCAUCAGAAACCAACAAAUUAUUAAAUCAAAUUCGCGACCAUCUACGAUAUCACAUGAUCUGCCAAUAUCGAAGUGUUUUAAAUGUUUAUUCUUACGAAUGGAAAUCAAUUCAUCUGAUCGAACGAACUCCGUUUUCAACGAUAAAUCAUACCAUUUCGCUGUCACUCAUUCAUGAUGUUCACUCAAUUAUUUUCGUUCAACUAUUGAAUGAAUGGAUGCCAAAACUUCAGUCAGUUAUGAUUAACGCCGAAGGAAGACUCGUGUAA